AUGGCCACUUCAAACCUGCCUGCAGGUGUGUUACCUGAGCACAGUCACGCUCCCCCUGCGCACCGGCAGAGAAAGCACAGGUUCCGACACCCGGAUGGGCUUGAACUGGAACUUGCAGCCGAAGCAAAGUGCCGAGUCGCUGAAGAAAGACACGGACACGAUGGGGCGCUCGAAGAUGUGGAUGGGGUCAACGUGGGACACGAUGCAGCCGCCGGGCUGGUAGUCGUUGAUGACCGCGCUGUUGACGAAGCCCUCGGGGAUGACGCGGUGCUCCACCAGCUUCUGGAUCACCAGCUGAUGCACCCAGUCCGGGAUCUCGUCGACGUCGCCCGGCGGGUAGAGGCGCUCCUGGCCCGGCCCGCGCUUCUGCAGCUGGGCCCCGUACGUGUAGCCCUCGCCGAAGAAGUACUUGUUGCGCAGGGGGGCCCGGUCCACCGUGUGCUCGUUGUACAGGCCCUUCUCGGCGCGGGACACCACCUCAUCGAUGCGGGCCUCGAUCUUGGAGCACUCAUCCUGACUGAAGAGCCGGAUCUGCCGGAUGCCGCUCUUCACCUUGCGCGCCUCUUCCUCCUUCUGCAACUGAUGCUCCUCGUAGUCGCUGCGCUCGGGGUCCGAGUCCUCCUGGUAUUUCCGCUUGGUGGUCCCGGACGCCGGCCGCUGGCGGCCGCCAUGGCCCCCGCCAACUCAACUCUAGGGUCCUCCGCGGCGGUCCGGCAUGGCUCUCAGGGGACCCGAAAGGGACCCGAAAGGGAAGCGAGGGUCCUCAGUGCCAGGCCCCCAUGCGUGGCUCAAGGGACCAAAGGGGUAGGCGUAGAGGGGCCGGGAAGGGGUCGAACCUCAGCCGCGGUCGGUCAUGCAGCACCAGCUACAGCGGGGCUUCCUCCUCCUCCACCUUCUCCGCGUCCUGAGGGAAAAAGGCGCCGGCAGCGCCUCAUGCCGCGGAGGGCUUCGGCCAAGACUCCGCCAGACUCCCGGUCGGACCCUCAGACGCCCGGCCCGGCCCGCACUUUAAAGCUCUCCUCACGACGUCACCGCCAGCCCGCCCGACCUCCGACAGCGCCGCUCCUUAGCGGGCUUCUCGACGCGCGUGCGCACUGCCGGCGGCCACGAGACUCCACGUACUUUGAGCAUGCGCGUGCGUGCCGCCCAGUCGGCGGAGAGGCCGGCGCAUGCGCAGACGAGGCCCGCUCGUCGGCCGCCGCCCCUCCCCCCACCCGCGGAAAGCUUCGAGAACAGCUCCCGAAAACAACAAUUUGCCUGCACGCCAAGCCGCCUCCGGGGCCGAGGGACUCCACCCGCCGGAGUGUGCUCGCGGUGUCCACUGGACAGCGCUGCCGCGUCACGGCAUCGUGCGGAUGCCCGCAGACGCCUCAGCUUCCAGCGCACAAAUCCUCGGGAAUCGCCACAACCCAGUCCGCCCCGUGACCGCCCCCUUUGGAGCUUCCACUUUCUUAAUUGGACUGCCGGCCACGCGUUGGGCAAACACGGACUGGAGUUUCCAGAGUCGGUUGGUAAAUCAUGCUUGUCAAUCAACUAGUCUCCUUGGCUACUGCGUCCAUCACUUAAUUAGCUUCGGGCAGAAGCUCGAGGACCCCUGAAGAGUGAAUGGGUGGCUAAGUAAGUGCCUGAAUGGAGUUCUCGGCGACGAAAAGCCCUCAGGACUCCGGUGAAGCUUCGGAAACAGUGGAAAGUUAAAAUUACGGGCAGGAGAGCAUCAGGCCCAAACUGUGGAGCAAGCCAGGACAACAAAAGCUGGAGGCGCGCGGUCCGGGCACCCACACCCCAUUCCCGCCGCCAUCGCUUCCCGAAGCGGACGUUCCACAAGUCACGUCCCGGGACUGCCCACGGGUCGCGCAGCCGCGGGCACGCGCACGGGCACGUCACGUUCCUACUGGGGUUGGGCGUUGUUAUAGGGGGCGACAAAAAGGCUUUCCUGUCUGAAGGGCGCAGAUUUACCACGGAUCGGUCCAAAUUGGAAAUAUUCUUCAGACAGAAAAUAAAUAAAUUGCACAGUGGGAUGGUAAAUGCGUCUCAGCACUCUGGAGACUGGUUGGAGGAUAGCUCACAAAUUGGAUGCCAACCUAGGCUACACAGCGAGCCUCUGUCUCAAAACAACUACAACAAACCCAAACAAUAAAAAAUCCUGAAGCGGAGGAGAAAGCCUGAACAAAGGUUUAGCCGUGCUGGAGGUCCCUGGGCACUCCAGCAAAUAGGAAUAGCAAAGAGGUUCUGCUCUGAACCUCCCCAAGAUGAAUUCCAGCUUCCUUUUCUGGUUCCCAGUCCCUUUUCCAGUCUUUGAUACUCCGUCAGAUUUUCAUAUAUCGCCGCCCCUCCUGGCUGUCCAUGCUGUCUGUCAUCUGUAAUGCCUGUCCAUCUACAGUGUCUGUCACACAGCUCACCCCUUGUCUUCCAGGCAUCCCAGAGUCUGGUGUGUAAAACCAGGAACCAGUACUUACCUCGAACGGUGGUUGUGAGGAUGGAAUGACGCAGCAGAAGGAUUGCUGAUACAGCAUCCAGACCUCAGUCUUCUAAUCUGAAAACUGAGGGUGGCAGCAGUCUCUGUUGGAAAGUGGGGACUGUGUGGUAACUUGGAAAAGUUUGUGGAGUGGAAAGCCAAGAAAUUAGGGAAUCCAGGCCACCCUCUCUCCCAAACAGCAGGCAGACAAAAGGGAAAUGGGUCUGGGGAUUCCCGGGGCAGCCCCUUGGGCCCAGGUGACAGAGAGAGGGUGGAAGGGCAGCUGCAGGUAGAAGAUGGACUGAAGGGCAAAGCCAGCUGAACUGGACUUGAGCCCGGUCUGUACUGUGUGAACACCUGGUGGGUCUCUUACCUGAGCAGUUUGCCUGGGCAGAUUGAAGCUUUUCAGGAGCCCAGCUCUCUAAGCCUCUGAUCUGCCUUUCAUGGCGGGAGCUCUUUACCACUGCACCCAGAUGCACCUAAUAGCUAAGGUCCCCAGCUCUGCUCACCCAGGCAAAAAUGACCCUCUUUGGGUACGGUGCACACCUUUAAACCCAGCACUAAGUUUUGUGUGUGUGUGUGUAUGUACCUCAGGAGUUCAGGGCCAGCCAGGGCUACAUAGACUGCCUCAGAAAAAGAUUUUUUUUUUUUUAAGCGACUAUCCCAUAGGUUGAACUCUCCAAUCCCAGGGUGUUUUCUCCUUGACUGUGCUUUUUAGUCAAGCCCAGAUCCUGUGGGGAAAAAGCCAGGCUGCCUGGGUUGAACUUCACAAGGCCACUUGCACAAGUCCAAUACUGUCCGCACUCCAGCAGCAAUUUCAUAAUUAUACCAGCCUCACUGGGAUAUUUUAGGGAUUAAAUGAGUUAGCAUUUAUCCAGGGCAUGGCACAUAGUAAAAUUUGUUUGUUUGGUUGGUU